UAGGGCCCUGUGUAUACAAUCUGGUCAGCUGCAGCUGGUUACCCAGCGUCUCCAUGUGGCAGACAGAGCAAAGCCACAAUGCUUUCUCUGCUGGAUUAAAGACAACCCACAGAGCAGACCGUCCACUCUGCUACUUAAAAUUACAUAGGUGGUUUGUCAAAUUCAAUUGAUUAGUACUCUAAGAAGAAAAAGAACUUCCUUAACACAGCUUGGAUUCCACCAUCCAAAACAAAAAUGCAAUUGCCAUUCAAGUCACAGAUGAACAAAUGUCUACACUGAUUUUUGAAAGCAAGAAUAAGAGCAACAAGUUUCUGGGUUUCCUUUAUCAACAGAUUAAAAAAAGGAGAUGAGAUUAUUUUCAAGUCUCUUACCAGAAGGAAUUCACAAUCUAGAAGUUCUGUACCUAAGCUGGCAAUGUAGCAACUCUGAAGAGAAAUAAUACCAAUAAAAUUAACCCAAAGUAUGGAAGACUUUUUUUCCUUCCAAAACCAACCAAUCAAAGACACAGAUUCAAACUUAAGUAUGCUGUAACUAAUUUAUAACAUUCUCUUGAGACCUAGGAAAGUCUUAACAUAUACAGAAAGAUUUUAUGAGGACUUUAUUCCUUUGCAAAAUGGUAUAGCUAGCACUACAUACCCAGAAGUGGAUGCCAGUUUCUUCCUCUGAACAUGGUGCUAGCAAUAAUCUGCCCUCAGAGGGCUGUGUGAGAAAUAAGUGGUUUAAUGCACAUAAGACACUUAAAACAGUGCCUGGCACUUAACAACAUCAUUCAACCUCAUUUCAAAAUGAAGGUUUUUAUCUGGACCCUAACUGUGCUGUUCUUCCUACUCAUGGACACUGGAUGUUGCAAAGGCGGCCAGAUCAAAAUUAAAAAAAUAGCCCAGAGAAGAUACCCUCGUGGCACAGAUGGUAAAGAGGAAGCAAAGAAAUGUUCUUAUACAUUCUUGGUACCUGAACAAAAAAUAACAGGGCCAAUUUGUGUCAACACUAAAGGGCAGGAUGCUGGUGCCAUUAAAGACAUGAUCACCAGGAUGGAUCUUGAAAACCUGAAGGAUGUGCUCUCCAGGCAAAAGAGGGAGAUAGAUGUCCUGCAACUGGUGGUGGAUGUAGAUGGGAACAUUGUAAAUGAGGUGAAGCUGCUGAGAAAAGAAAGCCGUAACAUGAAUUCUCGUGUUACUCAACUCUAUAUGCAACUAUUACAUGAGAUUAUCCGUAAGAGGGAUAAUUCACUUGAACUUUCCCAGUUGGAAAAUAAAAUCCUUAAUGUCACCACAGAAAUGUUGAAGAUGGCAACAAAAUAUAGAGAACUAGAGGUGAAAUAUGCUUCUUUGACAGAUCUUGUCAAUAACCAGUCUGUGAUGAUCACUGUGUUAGAAGAACAGUGCUUGAGGAUAUUCUCCCGGCAAGACCCCCAUGUGUCUCCUCCUCUCGUUCAGGUAGUGCCACAACAUAUUCCUAGCAGUAAUCAGUAUACGCCUGGUCUGCUGGGAGGUAAUGAGAUACAGAGGGAUCCAAGUUAUCCCAGAGAUUUAAUGCCACCGCCUGAUCUGGCAACUUCUUCCACCAAAAGCCCUUUCAAGAUACCACCAGUAACUUUCAUCAAUGAAGGACCAUUCAAAGACUGUCAGCAUGCAAAAGACGCUGGACAUUCAGUCAGUGGAAUUUAUAUGAUUAAACCUGAAAACAGCAAUGGACCAAUGCAGUUAUGGUGUGAGAACAGUUUGGAUCCCGGGGGUUGGACUGUUAUUCAGAAGAGAACAGACGGCUCUGUCAACUUCUUCAGAAACUGGGAAAAUUAUAAGAAAGGGUUUGGAAACAUUGAUGGAGAAUACUGGCUCGGUCUGGAAAAUAUCUAUAGGCUUAGCAAUCAAGACAAUUAUAAGUUGUUGAUUGAGUUAGAAGAUUGGAGUGAUAAAAAAGUCUACGCAGAAUAUAGCAGCUUUCGUCUGGAACCUGAAAGUGAAUUCUAUAGACUGCGCUUGGGAACUUACCAGGGAAAUGCAGGGGAUUCUAUGAUGUGGCAUAAUGGUAAACAGUUCACCACAUUGGACAGAGAUAAAGAUAUGUAUGCAGGAAACUGUGCCCACUUUCACAAAGGAGGCUGGUGGUACAAUGCCUGUGCGCAUUCCAACCUAAAUGGAGUGUGGUACAGAGGAGGCCAUUACAGAAGCAAGUACCAGGAUGGAAUUUUUUGGGCUGAAUACAGAGGCGGGUCAUAUUCUUUGAAAGCAGUUCAGAUGAUGAUCAAGCCUAUUGACUGAAAAGGGACAGUCUCCAAUUUAAAUGACACAGAACUCUUCAUUUUUCAGUUUCUAAAUAUGUAAAUGUCACAUGUAUAUUACUUUACACAAUUUAUUUCUACAGAUAGUCUUUACAAUGAAUUUUACCAAAACUACAAAAGGGGAUUUAUGAAUGCCAUUUCAUGUUUCCUUAAUAUACUACAGAUGAUUAUUUGUAUCCAUAAUCUUAGUGUACAAAUCGUACUGAAGAAAUACAGCAGUUUGUUUUCUAAAAUGUAAAUACUUGACACAAUGUAAAACAAAUCUUAGCUUUAUUUUAAAUCAGAAUUGAAUAUUUGUUCAAGAUCCUUAAAAACUUAUUUAAAAAACUUUGAGACCACUCUAACUCCCAAUGGAAAAAUAAUUUUAAGAUUUUAGCCAAGUAAGCAUUUUAUUUAUAAAAACAUUGACAAGAAAUUAGAGAAAACUCUAGUUUUGCCAAUAGAAAAUAUAUCUUGCAUUGAAUAAAAGUUAUUUCAAAUUGAA